AUGGAACAGAUUCAGGAACAAAUGGCUCAGAUGAGAGCUCAAUUGACAGAGCAGAUGAAUGCGCAGAUGGCGCAAUUUAUGGAAGCAUUGACUAAUGUGACCAAGGGGCAGGAUGACUUGCGAGUUCUCGUCGAGAAUUCCAGAAGGGUUGAUAAUGGAGGACAUUCGAGGUUGUUUGACGAUGUGUCUGGCAGGAUUGACGAUCACCAUGAUCCGAAUGAGUUUGAUCGCUUGGGAGGGCACUAUAAUCCUUUCAAUCAGAAUCAUGGGUUUCCACCUCCACCUCCGUCUCGUCUGUUGGGAAGGAGAGACAAUCAUAACCGUGAUAAUUUGGAUUUCAAUGUUGAAAACUUUGAUCAGGUAUCGAGGCAUAGUGCUGAUGGUGCACCUGAGGAAGCCGAGAGGUAUCGUCUGAUUGAAGAACGUCUCAGAGCUGUUGAAGGCAAAGGGGAUAGCUUGGCUGGGGCUUCCUUGGAGUGGUAUGUUCAACUUGAGCGCACUCAUAUUCAUUCUUGGAGAGAUCUUGUGGAGGCUUUCAUUAAGCACUAUCAGUACAACGUUGACAUGGCGCCUAAUCGAACUCAGUUGCAGAGUUUGGUUCAAGGAUCUAAAGAAUCUUUCAAAGAGUACGCUCAGAAAUGGCGUGAGUUAGCCGCAAGAGUUCAGCCACCUAUGACUGAGCGUAAAAUGAUUGACAUGUUCACCAGUACUUUGUCUGGACACUAUUACUUGGCCUGUAGUGCUUCAGCCAACUUUUCUGAAAUGGUGAGAUAUGGCGAGCGUGUUGAGAUGGGUUUAAAGAUGGGAAAAAUCCAGCUGGGAGCUUCUUCUAAUACUCCUAGUGGUAAGAAACAAGCUGAGGGUUAUGCCAGAAGAAAGGAAGGAAAUGCGGAUGCCAUAUAUGGAAGAAGGGGUCCAGGGAGAAGCAAUUCACAGGUUAAUGCUGUCAUGAUUCCAGUACCGCAACAACAACAUCAGCAGGGACAGCGUUCCAAUAAUGAUCGUUAUCCUCCCAGGACCAGGCCUCACAGAAAGAUUGAUCCAAUUCCUAUGACUUAUGCUCAAGUACUGCAACAUUUGCUCAAUAUUGAGAAGAUUACUUUGAGAGAUGCUCCGAAUGCUCCGGACACACAAUCUCCGAAUUAUAAUGCAAAUGCACGAUGUGCUUUCCAUUCAGGUGCCGCUGGUCAUGAUACGGAGAAGUGUAUUGCAUUGAAGAACAAAGUCCAGGACUUGUUGGAUCAAAAGAUAAUUCAGUUCACUCCUACACCCAAUAUUGCCAAUAAUCCGAUGCCCGCUCACGGAGGUUCGGGUGUGAAUGCCAUUGAGAGUGAAGAGAUAAGUGUUAUAUCUGACGUGGGUUGUUUGACCUUCCCUCUCGUGUCUGUGAAGCAACAUCUGAUUAAUAGUGGUAUCUCCCCGGGCUGUGGUAUUGAUUGUGAGAAGUGUAAAAGUCAACCCGAAGGUUGUGAUGACUUGAAAGGUAUGGUACAAAAGCUGAUUGAUGAGGGUCCUCUUCAGUUCUAUCGAAGGUUGAGAAAUGCGAAGGGCAACGACGGUGAAGUGUUUGUGAUCUCAAUUCCUUAUGAGCCUGUUGUUCCGAUAAGUAUCCAAGUGCCUAUUCAGGUACCCGUCAGUAUCCCGUAUGAGGAACAACCAGCGGCUUUGAUGAUUACUGUGCCAGGGCCUAUUCCAUAUGAGAGUGAGAAGGCCAUCCCUUGGCAUUAUGGUUCAGACGUAUAUUACUAUGGCACGAAGGAAGAAGGCGAGCCAUCUAAAGAGAAGUUUGUUGAGGCCUCAGUUGCAAACACUGAUAAUUUCGCCGGUACUGGUAGAAUUACUCGCAGUGGUAGGGUGUUCUCUCCUCAGCUUGUUCAAAGUAAUGCUGAUGCUCUGGCUAAGGCAAAAGGGAAGCAAGUAGUGACUGAUGUCCAGAAGUCUCCAACUCAGAAUGGGGCACCUGAUAGUGCUGUGUCUUCCAAGGAUGUGGAGGAACUGUUGAGAAUUAUCAGGAAGUCUGAUUACAAGGUUGUUGAGCAGUUGGGUCAGACCCAGUCAAAGAUCUCCAUCUUGCAACUGCUAUUGUGUUCAGAAGGUCAUAGAGAUGCUCUCUUGAAAAUUCUGAAUGGUGUUUACGUCCCACAUGAAAUAUCUGUGAAUCAACUAGAGGCGGUAGCCAAUAACAUCUCCGCUGGGAAUGGUUUGGGAUUUACAGAUUGUGAUCUUCCGCCAGAAGGGAGAAACCAUAACAAGGCUUUGCAUAUUUCGAUCGAGUGCAAGGGGACGACCUUGUCCCGUGUUUUGGUUGAUACUGGGUCUUCUUUGAAUGUGCUGCCUAAAUCAGCUCUCAUGCGAAUUGACUAUGCUGGUGUCGAGUUGAGGCCAAGUGAGUUGAUAGUGCGCGCUUUUGAUGGUUCAAAGAGGGACCUGUGCAUCCUGGGUGUGGGUUUUUUCGAGUGGUUCUUCGAAGAAUCUGAAGAUAACAAUGGGCAAAUCAUGAUGGUUAGGUUGGAAAAGCUUGGAAAGAAUAUUGAACACAUACAAGAGGACGUUGUCAAAAUGAGAUUGUCAAGUGAAGAAAUAAGGAAAGAGAUUGAUCAGAUACAGAGGUUUAGGUUAUGUGUUAGUGAAGGAGUAUCAAUUUGGCUGGUUAUCUGUACCAGUUCUGUAUCAGUUUUAUGA